ACUCUAUAUUUUAAGCUUCAUGUUCCCUCUAGACAAAACAUGCAUAGUCUUCUUAUAUUUAGUAUAUACAAUUAUAUAUAUCGCAUAACACAUGUUUGCUGGCGUUACCACGUGGUUAAGUUUUGGAAUUAGAAUUAAAUAGUUGUAGGUUAUACUUGUAAUGGAAAAUGGAUAAUAAUUAUGAUUUAAUAAAAACCAUUGAAGAAGAUGAAGAAGUGCCAGAUUUCUCUGAGAAUUCUGACGUUGAAGAAGAUUUCCAGCCUCACAAACCGAAGAAAAACCAAAAGAAAGAUUUCGAUAGCAAUUUUCAGUUUUUAAAUGAUGCUUCUGAUUAUAAUAAAGACACAUGGAAUGACUUAAACAAAUAUAUUAAAAGGAAAGCCAAAACGAAAUUGGACGAUAAAAUUAAAAAUAUUAGAAACGAAUCCGGGAAGGAAAAUACAAUAGAUGAUGAUUUAAUUAUAGAUACAUCUGAAAUUAAACAAGAUGAUGAAAUUUCAUUGUCAGACAGUGAACUUAAAAAGGAUAUAUUUAAGACAAAAGAAAAAAAGAAUAAAAAGAAAAAAAAUGUUGAAGAAAAUGAUGAAGAGGCAAUUGAUUUUGAGGAAUAUUCUAACUCAGAAACUCAUGCAACAUUUUAUCAAAUGAAUUUAUCACGUCCUUUAUUAAAGGCCAUCACAACUAUGAAUUUUGUUCAUCCGACACCUAUUCAAGCUGCUACUAUCCCUGUUGCAUUAAUGGGCCGUGAUAUAUGUGGUUGUGCUGCCACAGGUACUGGUAAAACGGCAGCUUAUAUGUUACCAACUCUAGAAAGAUUAUUAUAUAGGCCAUUGGAUGGACCUGCUAUUUCUCGAGUGCUUGUCCUUGUACCAACAAGAGAACUUGGUGUACAAGUAUAUCAAGUUACAAAACAGUUAUCUCAGUUUACUACAGUUGAAGUAGGAUUGUCCGUCGGUGGUUUAGAUGUAAAAGUUCAAGAAACUGUACUAAGGAAAAACCCAGAUAUUGUAAUAGCUACUCCUGGAAGAUUAAUAGAUCAUUUGAAAAAUACACCAACAUUUUCAUUAGACAGUAUUGAAGUACUUAUUUUGGAUGAAGCGGACAGGAUGUUAGAUGAGUACUUCGCAGAGCAGAUGAAAUACAUAGUGCAGCAAUGCUCAAGAACUAGACAAACUAUGCUAUUCUCGGCUACUAUGACAGAAGAAGUAAAAGACUUAGCUGCGGUAUCUUUAGAUAAACCAGUUAAAGUAUUUGUAGACAGUAAUCAAGAUGUUGCGUUCAAUUUACGUCAGGAAUUUAUUCGGAUACGAAAAGAACGAGAAGGAGAUCGUGAAGCUAUUUUGGCUGCUUUAGUUUGUAGAACUUUUCAUGAUCAUACUAUGGUUUUUGUACAAACCAAGAAGCAAGCUCAUAGACUACAUAUUCUACUAGGAUUGUUAGGUAUCAAGGUUGGAGAACUUCACGGUAAUCUUACACAGCCUCAACGUUUAGAAAACCUACGGAAAUUCAAAAAUGAAGAAAUAGAUAUUUUAUUAGCAACGGAUGUUGCAGCAAGAGGUUUAGAUAUUAGUGGCGUAAAGACCGUAAUCAAUUUUGUUAUGCCAGCAACUAUGCAACAUUAUAUUCAUAGAGUAGGAAGAACAGCUCGAGCUGGUCGUGUUGGAGUUUCAGUGUCAUUAGCUGGAGAACAAGAACGUUCUUUGGUUAAAGAUAUUAUUAAAAAUGCAAAAAAUCCAGUAAAAAAUCGAAUAAUACCACCUGAUAUAAUAGAAAAAUACAAUAAAAAAUUAAAAUCUCUUGAACCUGAUGUUGAAAAGAUUUUAGAAGAAGAGAGAAAUGAAAGAGAACUAGCUAAAAUAGAAAAUCAGGCAAAUCGUGCUGAAAAGUUACUUAAGGAUGAAAAUAAGUCUACGCAAAGGAGUUGGUUCCAAACACAGAAAGAAAGGAAAGAAGAAAAAGAAAAAUUAACCCUAACAGAAAAGAAACCAAAACCUAAUAAAGAGAAGAAAAAGAAUGAUGAACCUCCGAAUAUAGUUAAAGAAACGAAUAAGAAAGUAUCUAAAGGACCCAAAAAGGAAACAGCAGAAGAUAGAGCAAUGAAGGAAUUAGAAAAAAUUGCGGCAGUUCAAGCAAGAUUAGCUAAAAAGAAAAAUAAGCAAAAGAAACUCAGGACAGUCGUGGAUGAUGAUAAAUUCAUGGCCAAUAAAAGAGGAUCUUUAAAGCGGUCAAAAUCUUCAUUUGCUGCUGAUUUAACGGAUACAAGUAAAAAAGCUGUGAAAAGAAUGCGUUACGAGGCAAAUGUUAAGAAAAAUGAAAGCAAAAGGAAAGGUGCACAGAAUUUAAACAGAGGGAAGAAGGAUACUAGGAAACCUUUUAGGAAACGUUAAAUCAAAUUUUUAUAUUUGUAACUAAAUCUUAUUAAAUACAUACCAUUUUAUUUAA